AGUAUGGUACAUUCGUUGAUUGAAGCUUAUUCAUUACUUGACCAGAUGAAGAUAGUCAAACCAAAAGUGGCCUCCAUGGAGGAGAUGGCAAGCUUCCACACAGAUGCCUACCUGCAGCACCUGCAAAAAGUCAGUGAGGAAGGGGACGAUGACCAUCCGGAGUCUGUGGAGUAUGGACUGGGUUACGACUGUCCGGCUACCGAGGGAAUCUUUGAGUAUGCAGCAGCCGUGGGAGGAGCCACCAUCACUGCAGCCCAGUGCCUGCUGGACGGCAAGUGCAAGGUAGCCAUUAACUGGCCUGGAGGGUGGCAUCAUGCAAAGAAAGAUGAAGCUUCUGGCUUCUGUUACCUGAACGACGCCGUCCUGGGCAUUCUGCGGCUCCGCCAGAAGUUUGACCGUGUUCUUUACAUCGAUCUGGAUUUGCAUCAUGGGGAUGGAGUUGAAGAUGCCUUUAGUUUCACCUCAAAAGUCAUGACUGUUUCUCUGCACAAGUUUUCACCAGGAUUUUUCCCAGGCACUGGAGAUGUGACAGACGUUGGCCUGGGGAAGGGUCGCUACUACAGCGUGAACGUACCUAUUCAAGAUGGCAUUCAGGAUGAGAAGUAUUACCAGAUCUGUGAAACUGUGCUGAAGGAGGUGUAUGCUGCCUUCAACCCAGAUGCAGUUGUGCUGCAGCUAGGGGCAGACACCAUUGCUGGAGAUCCCAUGUGCUCUUUCAACAUGACACCUGAGGGAGUGGGCAGGUGCCUGAAGUAUGUUCUUCAGUGGCAGCUAGCAACUCUAAUCCUGGGAGGAGGAGGCUACAACCUUGCCAACACAGCUCGCUGCUGGACAUACUUGACUGGGGUCAUUCUCGGGAGAACGCUGUCCUCUGAGAUCCCUGAUCAUGAGUUCUUCACAGAAUAUGGUCCUGAUUACGUACUGGAGAUCACACCAAGCUGCAGACCGGACCGCAAUGAGCCACAGAGAAUUCAAGAAAUUCUUAACUCUAUCAGAGGGAAUCUGAAGCAUGUUGUUUAA